AUGACCAAUAUCGAUCUCGUUAAUGAGCGAUAUGAAGACAACUUGUAUUUUGAUCCCGCAGUUUUGGAGCGAAACGAAUAUGAAGAUUUCUCUCACUUCGUUGAUAUUGUGUUCGAUAGUAGGGAAGAAUUAAUCAACGAUGGCAAGCAUACUCAUCCUCCGACUUUGUUUCCUCACGGACAUGGUACGACUAGUCGUAUAACUCCACAACAGAAAGCAAGAAUUAAAGAAUUGAGAAAUUCUCACGUGAAGCCAAUGCUAAUCAUGGAUAGAUUGAGGAAAGAUGAUCCGACGAUACAAACUUCUAUGAAGCAUGUUUACAAUGAGUUGGCCAACAUUAAAUCUGAGGAAAUUGAGGGCAUGACUGUUAUUCAGUUUCUGAUGCAUAACUUUCAACAAGGCGAGUAUCGAUAUUGGCAUCGCGUCGAUAGUGAAACGAACAACACAAUAACGGAUGUUAUGUUUGCAUGUCCCGAAUCUAUUAAGUUACUACGACUGUUCCUGUAUGUUAUAUUGAUGGACUGCACAUACAAAACCAAUAAGUAUGGAAUGUCUCUUUUGGAAAUAAUUGGGAUAACUCCAGUUGGGAGGAAUUUUACGAUUGCUUUUGCAUUUAUGUCGCAUGAAGAUGCAGACACCUAUGAGUGGACUAGGGGUGAAAUAUUGAGGCAAAUACGAAUUUAUGGGAGGCAACAAAGACCGAUGUCUAAUAUUCCGACACUGAUACAAUAUUUGAAUGAUACGAGGUUGAUAUACAAGGAGAAGUUUGUCCGAGCCUAUAGCCGCAAUGUGUAUCAUUUUAGCAACACGAGCACCAACAGGGUAGAGAGUGCUCAUUCUUCUGCAAAGGGUUGGUUAAAUGCUUCGACCGGAGGUCUGGAUAACGUGCAAGGCAAACUUCGUGACCAAGUUUAUAUCCAAAUUAGUCAGCAGAAGUGGGAAUUUUCAUUAUCACCCAAGAUAAGGAAGCAUAAUAUAGCAUAG